GAUUGACUUUAUCAGUCCAAGGACAUCAUCCGCCUGGAAGGGGGGGAAGUUUGAUCCUCUUUCUCACGGACUCAACGGGAGUUUUUCCCCUUCCUCCCAACUCUUAUUUAAAAGGAUUCUUGGCCGUGUUCUGAGGGGGUAGCAUUUUUGGGGGGGUUUAUUUUCACGGUGCGGUAAAUCUCGGCGCGGUGGCUCCGGCUCGUGCGCUCCGCUAAACUGGAUUUUAAAUCGUUUUCCUCCUAAGUUUGCCCCCCUCCCCUUCCCACGCUCAUGACUAUGCUUCUUGAUAGCGGUCCGCAGUUCGCGUCGCUUGGAGUGGGCGGCUUCGGUACACCACGGCACCACCACGACAUCGGCAACAGGGACGCCAGCCUCGGACUGAACCCCUUCAGUGAGUCCUCGCACUCGGCGGCAUUCAAGAUCAGCCCCGUGGGCCACGACAUCGCCGCCGGCCAGACGUCAGCCUUCACCCCGCAAGCCAGUGGAUAUGCAGCCGCCCUGGGACACGCGCACGGCGGGCAGGUGGGCUCGUACGGCGGAGGGGCGUUCAACUCAACGCGGGACUUUCUCUUCCGGAACCGGAGCGUGGGAGAGACCGCGGCGCCGAGCGCCCAGCACGGGAUCUUUGCAGCCUCGGCCGGGAGCCUUCACGGGCCACCGGGGAUCGCAGACAACGCGGGACAUCUCUUAUUUCCUGGACUCCACGACCAAGGGGUGAGCCACUCCACGCCGAGUGGACACGUCGUCAACAGCCAAAUGCAUCUGGGCUUGCGCGGGGACAUUUUCGGGCGAGCCGACCCGUACCGGCCAGUGGCGAGCCCGCGCGCUGACCCAUACGGGGCACAGCUGCACAACUACAACCAUCCCAUCAACAUGAACAUGGGCAUGAACGUGCCGAGCCACCACGGCCCGGGGGCCUUCUUCAGGUACAUGCGGCAACCCAUCAAGCAAGAGCUGUCGUGCAAGUGGAUAGACGAGCACCAGAUCCACAGACCCAAAAAGACCUGCGACAGGACUUUCAGCACCAUGCACGAAAUGGUCACGCACGUGUCCAUGGAGCACGUCGGCGGGCCGGAGCAGAGCAACCACAUCUGCUACUGGGAGGACUGCCCCCGGGAGGGAAAGUCCUUUAAGGCCAAGUACAAACUCGUCAACCACAUCCGCGUGCACACGGGAGAGAAGCCUUUCCCGUGCCCCUUCCCGGGAUGUGGGAAAAUAUUCGCCCGCUCGGAGAACUUGAAAAUACACAAAAGAACGCACACGGGUGAGAAGCCGUUCAAGUGUGAAUUCGACGGCUGUGACAGACGCUUCGCCAACAGCAGCGACCGGAAGAAGCACAUGCACGUGCACACGUCAGACAAGCCCUACAUCUGUAAAGUGUGCGACAAAUCCUACACGCACCCCAGCUCUCUCAGGAAACACAUGAAGGUCCACGAAUCCCAAGGUUCGGAAUCCUCCCCAGCAGCAAGCUCUGGGUACGAAUCAUCCACACCUCCGGUUCUGGUCUCGGCCUCCAGCGAGGACCCGACAAAAACCCCCCCGUCAGCCGUACAGAACACAUCCGGACACAGCGAGGGUCUGGCCCCGAACUUUAACGAAUGGUACGUUUGAAGAACAUGGAGCAGAACCCAUCGUCGAGCACGCAGAUAUGGAUUUUUUUUUUUUUUUUUUUACCAACCCUUCGAAGACUUUCCCUGACUCCUUGUACACACAAAAGCAGCCCAUCCCCAAACAAAAUGGGACAAGAACCAAGCCAGCGGGCCAUGCAGCUCAGGAUCACCCAGAAUUGGACUUUUUAUUCUGCAAAGAAAUAAAAACACACACUACUUUCUCACAUUCAAUUCCUCUUUUCAGUUCAAAUGCAAAACAUGUAUUUUCCUUUUAUGUAUUUUCUCAAAUUGUAUUUAAAAAAAGAAAAGGAAUUAAAAGGUGGAUUAUUUCUCUGUUUUAUAAUAUUAUCAGAUAAAAAAAAGGGUGGGGGGGACAAAUCGAUUGUUGGAACUUCAGUCUUAAGAACACGUGCCAAAGUCUUUUUUGUCAUGAACUUGAAGACAGUUUAAAAAGAAAAACACAUGCUAAAUAAAUAUUCUACUCGUGAAUGUAUUUCCUUGUUUGAUGGGGUCCAAUCUGUUGUCAACGUCCGUUUUCAGGUGGAGAAUUGAAAUGAAAAAACGCAAUGUGGUACUAGAUUGUUGCCGUUGAAUAUAACGUUGCCUUUUGUUAAUAUGCCGCUGUAAAUACAUAUCCAUGAUGCCAUAUUUAUCCGUUUGUAAUUUAAUUAUGGGUAGAAGCUCGGAAACGUUAAAAAAAAAAGAUAUUUAUGGAAAAUGUUUUUUUCUAACAAGAAGCGUAGAGUUGGGGCUCAGCUUGACAUGGAAGAAAUGAUCACAAACAUCCAACAUGGCGAUUGUAUCCUUUUGUCUUUUCCUUUUUGGAGGGUUAACCAGUAGGCCUACACGUGUCUUAUUUGCAUCGAAUAAUAAAUAGUCUAUUUGAAGAUGAUGGAUUUGUCUGUCUGAUGCAGACUUCUAUAUGAGACCUUUGACAUGUACCCGUCUAGGAAGCUGGAACACGCUUCUGGUAAUAUGUUUAUUUUCAACCUUACGUUUUGUAUAUUUUAUUUUGAUAGAGUCAGACAUAGAUGUCAAUCUGUAGCAUUCAAAUAAGAAAUCAAAUUGCACUCUUUGUACGACGGACGAGCGCGUGAAGAUUUCCAAACGAAAGUGAGAGUAUUUGACGAUUUGGGCUCGCGUAGCCUUCUUCGACACACUAGUUCCAGCAAUGUCUUUGUGCAAGUAUGUUUUUCAAUGUGUGCAUCGGCAACAAUGGAACUGUCCCAAGAAAAAUAAAAAAACAAGUUUUCUGUCUGUCGGCUUGCAUUGUUUGAAAUGUAAUUCUCCUGUGAAACUACGCGUGUUCUCUCUUGUGGUGUUUGCAUAGACGACUAUUUCAUCAUGCUUGUGUGAGUAAUUUGUCAAGAUGGCUUUUUCUUUUUUUCUUUCCAAAUUAUUUGGCCGAAGGAAUUUUAGAUCUAUGUUUGCUUUGGGGUAGGGUGGGGCGGGGGUGCAACAAGAGUUACAGCAUUGCAUUGUAACCUAUUGUCAAGAAUGAAAUAUUAUGCAGACACAAAGUAUAUUGUACUCAUAGGAGAACAAUUUCAGACCACCAGCACUAACUUUUCCAAUAAAAUGCACAAAAAAGGUACCUCGUGACAGUGAUACAGUAUAUAAAAACGUUUAUUUAAUGACAUCAUUUAAGGAAUAUAUGUUUUAUAUGCUAUUUUCUAUACCUUCGUUUCACAAGAACUACUUUUUCUUACGCCCUCCCAUCAAUAUGAAACUCAUGGUCUGUAUAAUAUGAGGACAGCAAGAAUGUGAUGUUGUAACACUUAGUGGGAGAUAUGGGUCACAAUCUGACGAGGAAAACGUGCUUUAGUGAGGAUAUGGAUAUAUGGAUAUAUGGAUAUAUGGAUAUAUGGAUAUUUGGAUAUAUGGAUAUUUGGAUAUUUGGAUGUGUGUCCCAUUCAUUGACGCCUUAGCCUGUACCAGCUAAAAUACCACCAGGCAAAAAGAUUCCUUCUUCUUCUUGCUUUUUUUUAAGGCUACUGUGUAUUCAUUUCUUUUCAAGGCAAAAAUGUGAUUUUUU